AUGGCUCAUUAUCACCUCAGCAUUGCUCAUUAUUUCCUCAUCUUCUUUUUGGCCUCCUCAUAUCCACACACUAGUAAACUCCAUUUUGGUGAUGCACUUCCAAGCUCGAAACCAUGCAUCGACGAGGAAAGACGUGCUCUCCUCGCCUUCAAACAAGAUCUCACUGAUCCUUCUGGGAGGCUUUCUUCUUGGGUUGGUCAAGCUUGCUGUCAAUGGAAAGGCAUUUCAUGCAAAAAAAUCACAGGUCAUGUUGAAAAGAUUGAUCUCCAAAAUACGUACACAUACACACUUUCCGUUUUCGAUGGAGAGUGGGAUGAGAUGGAGAACUCUUCUUUGGGUGGUAAGAUAAAUCCUUCUUUGCUUAGCUUGAAACAUUUGAGCUACCUAGAUCUAAGCAGGAAUGAUUUUCAAGGGAUUCCCAUUCCCACAUUCUUUGGUCAGCUCAAAAGUUUGAGGUAUCUCAAUAUCUCACGUGCUUCAUUUGGAGGAGAGAUUCCAGCCCAUCUUGGUAACCUAUCAAACUUGAACUAUCUUGACCUAAGUGAAGAGUCUUACUACUCUUUACUUGAAUUAUCUUCCAACAACUUGAAAUGGCUUUCCAAUCUCUCUUCCCUUAAAUACCUUAGUCUUGAAGGAGUAGACCUCAGCAACACUGGGGUAAGUUUGGUAAUUGCUUUUAACAAGUUUCCUUCCCUACUAGAGUUGCACCUACCCGCAUGUCAUAUUAAAAGCCUUCCAUUCUCACUAGGAAAUGUUAACUUCACAUCACUUUUGUUCCUUGACAUGUCAUAUAAUGAUUUGAAGUUUCCACUUCCUGAAUGGUUUUUUUAUCUGACUAGCCUCAGAAAACUUGAUCUAAGCGGUAAUUUUUUGGGUGGUCCAGUUCCCAGUGAAUUUCAAAGCCUCAAAUCACUAGAAGCUCUUGAUUUGUCUUUUAAUGAUCUUUCAGGUCAAAUUCCCAAAAUUUUUGGGAACUUUUGCAAUCUAAAGACAUUGAAUCUUGCAAAUAACCAAUUUGAAGGGGGGAUUCAAGAGCUUUUGGGUGGUUUAUCAAGUUGUCCCAAUAGUGAAUUAGAGUCAUUAGAUUUGUCUUCUAAUAAGCUGAAAAGCCAACUGCCCGCCUCAGUAGGGAUGCUACACAACUUGAAGUAUCUUAACCUCUACAAUAACGAUAUGAGUGGGUCCAUUCCUAAAAGUUUGGGGCAACUCUCCGAGCUUGUUCACCUAGAUCUAUCUCUUAACUCAUGGGAAGGGUUUUUAACAGAAGCCCAUUUCACAAAUCUCACAAGAUUGAAAUACUUUUCAUUAGGCAAAGUCAUCCCAAACCCAACUCUCCCUAUUCCUCUCAUUUUCAAUGUGUCUUAUGAGUGGGUUCCUCCUUUUAAGCUGCACAAAAUUAACAUUGGGAACUGUAAAGUAGGUCCUGCCUUUGGGGCAUGGCUUCAAUCUCAAACUCAACUUGUCUUUGUCAAACUUUCUUCCACUGGAAUCUCAGAUUCUAUACCCGAGGAUUGGUUCAUGAAAUUAUCUUCCCAAAUUGAGUAUUUGGAUUUGUCUUCCAACCAAAUCCGUGGAAAGCUUCCCUUGCAAUUGAAACUCCCAAAUGCACUGCUUUUGGAUUUGAGUCAUAACCAAUUUGAUGGACCAAUUCCACUUUGGUCUGGUGACAAUGUGGUUCGGUUUAAGCUUGAAACUAAUUCAUUUUCUGGCACCAUUCCAUUGAAUUUUGACCAAAAGUUUCCAAAAUUGGAAUCAUUUUAUCUUGCUGAAAAUCAUUUGCAUGGCAUUAUUCCACCUUCCAUUUGCAACAUGAAACACUUGUAUGUCCUUUCUCUGAGAAACAACAAGCUAUCAGGAGAAUUUCCACAAGCAUGGAGCCUGUUGCCUCAUGUAACGAUUGUAGAUGUUGCAUACAACAAUCUCUCAGGCAAUCUUCCCAGUUCAAUGGGUGACUCGGGUUCUCUUUUCAUGUUGAAGAUGAACAACAACAAUUUUGAGGGUGAAAUUCCUUUUUCCUUGCAAACCUGCACUGCUUUGAGGAACAUUGAUCUUGGGAAUAAUAGAUUCACUGGUGAAAUACCUCCAUGGAUAGGAUCAACUGCUUUAUCGGUGUCAACCCUAAGGCUGAGAUCCAAUUUUUUAAGUGGACAUAUCCCACAACAGUUGUGCAAUCUUGCCUACCUUCACAUCCUAGACCUUGCUCACAACUGGUUUUCCGGCACAAUCCCCAAGUGUUUGAACAAUCUCACUGGUCUCAGAAUCUUUAAUGACAGUUUUUAUGAUAUAUAUCUAGAGUAUGACCAACAAACAACAGUGAUGAGAGGAAGAGAACUCCAAUUGAACACUUCUCUAGCGUAUGUAAAAAGCAUUGAUCUUUCAUCAAAUAGGUUUGAAGGUGAAAUCCCUCAAGAAAUAUGCACCCUCGUUCUAUUGCGAAACUUGAACUUGUCGAUGAAUCAGUUCAGUGGAAACAUCCCAUCAAAGAUCGGAAACUUGUCGCAGCUUGAUACUCUUGAUCUCUCACUCAAUCACCUUUCAGGACAGAUUCCUCAAAGUCUUUCAUCCUUGACCUUCUUGUCUAACUUGAACUUUUCCUAUAACAACUUGAGUGGUGAAAUUCCUUUGGGAAACCAACUCCAAGCACUCCCUGAUUCAUCCAUUUAUGAGGGCAACCCAUUCCUUUGUGGAUUUCCUCUUUCAACCAAGUGCUCCGAAGAUGGCAAUUCUACUCCCAAGGAUCCAAAGGACAAUGACAAUGAAGAUGGAAAUGAGAAGUUCUGGUUCUAUGUAAGUAUGGCACUCGGUUUUAUCGUUGGCUUUUGGGGUGUUUUUGGCACAUUAAUUGUGAAGAAGUCAUGGAGGUAUGCUUAUUUUCGAUGGUUUGAUGACAUCAAAGAUAAGGCAACACUAUGUGUGCGUCGCUUGGUUUGCCAAGAGUGA